UUUAUUUUUUUCUUUGUUUUUUCUUUCUAUCUCUAGAAGGCGAAGAUAAUAAACACAAUGGGUGUUAUAAAUUAUGAAGAAACGUAUGAAACCGCUUCUUCUUUCUCUCUCCGCUCCGAUUUAACUCACAACCCACCCGCAUUCUUCAGUCUCACAAUAACAAAAAUUACAAAUAGGGUUUUCAUUUGGGGGACAAGAAAUAGGGGGAAAUAUUCCGGAGGAGAAUGUGUAGAGAACAUGGUUGUUUAUGAUACUUCGUCGAUUAUGAAGGUUCCUCUUCUUGUCGAUUCUCUGAUGAUUAUCCCAUAAGGUUGGAUUUGUUGAUUUCUUUUCUCUUGUAUUCAACUCAAUUGAUAUAUCUGGGGGCUCGAUGAAGGUGAGAUAUAAGGGGAUUGAUAAGAUGAAGGACUUUAUAAGGUUUUUUUGAAUUGUUUUUGGGAUGGUCAUAUUGUAAGAAUCGGCAAUAAAACUCAUCAACGAGAUGAGCUAGCAUGGGUCUUGCUUCUUUGUCAAUGGAGAAUCACCACCCCUCCACGCUCUUGUCAAUGGAUUCAAGUGCAUCAUCUCAUGAGGAACUGGAUUUGGAGAUGAAUCGCCAAAUUAUACUCUCUUGUCCGCCGGAUAUCAACCUGCCUCUCUCCGCCGAGCGUAGUCCACCUCCACAGCCGUGGAAUUCUGAGCCUUGUGAUAUUCUUGAUGUUGGUCUUGGCACCCAAGGGUAUGAGACUGAGAGUUUUCUCAAUCUGCCCAAAGCUGGGAGGAAGUGUGCGAAGCGUGUUGAUAGCAUAUGGGGUGCUUGGUUUUUCUUCAGCUUUUACUUCAAACCUGCUUUAAAUGAAAAAUCUAAGGCCAAGAUUGUUAGGGACAGCAAUGGUGUUUCAGGGUUUGAGAAAUCUGAUCUGAAGCUUGAUGUUUUCAUGGUUCAACAUGAUAUGGAAAACAUGUACAUGUGGGUUUUCAAGGAGAGGCCGGAGAAUGCAUUGGGUAAGAUGCAGUUGAGAAGUUACAUGAAUGGGCAUUCUCGCCAAGGGGAGUGCCCGUUUCCUUUUAGUGUUGACAAGGGUUUUGCUCGAUCCCACCGGAUGCAGCGAAAGCAUUACCGAGGACUAUCAAAUCCUCAGUGUGUGCAUGGCAUUGAGGUUGUUUCCGCUCCCAAUCUAAUGACCUUGGAUGAGGAUGAUCGAAAAAGGUGGAUAGAACUCACCGGACGAGAUUUGAAUUUCACAAUCCCACAAGAAGCAAGUGAUUUCAGUUCAUGGAGAAAUCUUCCCAACACAGACUUUGAGCUCGAGAGACCACCUCCCCCAAUCAAGAGUGGUCCUAAUGCACACUCGAAGAAACUACUUAAUGGAUCUGGCCUGAAUUUAUCAACUCAUCUCUCUAACCACAGUAAUGGUGAUGGGUUGGACCUCUCUCCUGUUGGCAGCAAAAAGAGGAAGGACUUUUUCCCUCAUGGAAAUGAAGAAGAAUGUUACUUGGCUGUUAAUACUCCAUAUGAUCGUAUUCUAGAAAUGCAUCCAAGUGAGCAACACUGGUUGAAUGACUUCAGUGGGGUGAUAAAGAGUGUUCAUGGACCAGUUACAGCUGCAAAAACUAUUUAUGAGGAUGAACAAGGUUACUUAAUUAUCAUCAGUCUGCCUUUUGUAGAUCUUCCAAAUGUGAAAGUUUCAUGGAGGAACACUUUGACUCACGGUAUCAUAAAGGUUUCGUGUAUGAGCACUUCUCGAAAACCUUUCAUCAAGAGACAUGAUAGAACAUUCAAGCUUACAGAUCCAUCAUCAGAGCACUGCCCACCUGGAGAAUUUGUCCGAGAAAUCCCUCUUUCAACCCGAAUUCCGGAAGAUGCCAACAUAGAAGCAUACUAUGACGGGCAAGGAUCAGUGCUUGAGAUCCUGGUGCCAAAACAUCGUGUGGGACCAGAAGAGCAUGAAGUCCGAGUUUGCCUUCGCCCUAAUCUGGGAGGAAAUGAUCUUAACUUGAGAUAGGCGUUUAAAAAAUUGUUAGGGCGCGCAGGUCAUUGUUUUCUAGCUGUGUACCUUACAGUGUUAUUUUCAAUACAAUUGUCUGUCUUGUAUCUUUGUCUGUAGCAAUUUUAGCUCACUGACUGGCCCGGCUCCUUUUUUUCCGGUUUUUGAUUUUUAGCAGUAUUGAACAGUUAGUUCUCAUAAUUUAUAAGAAAUUACCAAUUCAUACC